GACCUGACCCAGAUCGACCGGCCCGACUUUGCCGAGUAUUUCUGUGGGAACAAGCUACUGCCGGGGGCUGAACCCGCAGCGCACUGCUACUGCGGCCACCAGUUCGGCUACUUCAGUGGGCAGCUGGGGGAUGGAGCGGCCAUGUACCUAGGGGAGGUGGUGAAUAGUCGUGGCGAGCGGUGGGAGCUGCAGUUCAAGGGCGCCGGGAAGACGCCGUACAGCCGACAGGCCGAUGGUCGCAAGGUUCUCCGUUCCUCCCUUCGAGAGUUCCUUUGUAGCGAGGCCAUGUAUCAUCUGGGAGUGCCAACCACACGGGCCGGCACGUGCGUUACGUCAGACACCCGAGUCGUGCGUGACGUGUUUUAUGGCGGUAACGCCAUUCUGGAGAAGGCAACGAUCAUCACACGUAUCGCGCCAACCUUUUUGCGAUUCGGGUCGUUCGAGAUCUUCAAGCCCGUAGAUGCCUUUACAGGUGGUAUGCAUAGUACGACACAUGUACUGUCCAGUUUGGGACAAUUGGGCUGGUGUCACGGGGUGCUCAACACUGACAACAUGAGCGUGGUGGGAGUGACACUGGAUUACGGACCUUUCGGU